CUGUGGGCGACUCGUCGCCAUUACAGGCAGCGGCGGCGCUGAGGCGGGACCGGCGGCGCGAGGCGGCCCGGGGGCUCCCCUUGGCCGGCGAACUCCCCUUCCCACCGCUCUCGAGGCGCCGGCGCAGGCCGGGCCGGCUGCGGAGGCCUCGCGGGCUCCCGCGCCCCCCCGAGGCCGCUCCUCCGUCCGCGGGGCGCAGGCCCUGCCGCGCCAGGCGGCCUCUCCGACUCGGCACCGGAGGCCUGUGGCGGCCGCGCGCCGGCCCGUCUCUUCCCUCGCCCGGGCGAAGCAGCGAGGAACAUGUCGCCAUGAGGGUGGCCGAGACGACUGCGCUGCGCCGACCCCGCCGCCGGGCCAUGAGCCUGGGCCUCGGCCCCAGCCGCCAGCCGCCCUCGCCCGCCCGCCCGCCUCGUAGCGGCGCCCCCGCGCCCGCCUGCCAGCGCCAUGGACAAGAACAGCCCCUGCGGCUCCGGCCUCGGCUCCGGCUCCUCCUCCGCGACGGGAGGCAAAGGGCAGCAGCCCCGCUCUAACUCCGCCGGCCCGGCCGGGGGAGAGUCCAAGCCCAAAGGGGAAGGAAAAAAUGCAAAUGGAUCCAGACAGCGUUAUAAUCGUAAAAGAGAAACUUCAUAUCCCAAAAAUGAGACUUUCUCCAGCCAGUCCCGUCGCUCCUUUUCACAGAAAAGCAAAGCUUUUAACAAGAUGCCCCCUCAGAGGGGGGAACAGAACAGUGGUGGCAAAUCUUUUAGCCUUUCUUCUAAUGGUGGAAGACGAGAUGAGGUAGCAGAAGCCCAGCGGGCAGAGUUUAGCCCUGCCCAAUUCUCUGGCCCCAAGAAGAUUAAUCUGAACCAUUUGCUGAAUUUCACAUUUGAACCUCGUGGCCAAGCUAGCCAUUUUGAUAGCCAUGGCACCUGGGGGAAAAGGAACAAAUGGGAAAAUAAACCCUUCAACAAGGAGCUUUUCCUUCAGGCCAACUGCCAGUUUGUGGUGCGUGAUGAUCAGGACUACACGGUUCACUUCACUGACCCAGAUACCUUGGUCAACUGGGACUUUGUGCAACAAGUGCGGAUUUACAGCCAUGAAGUGCCCUCCUGCCCAAUAUGCUUAUACCCACCCACUGCUGCCAAGAUUACUCGCUGCGGACAUAUCUUCUGCUGGGCAUGUAUCCUGCACUAUCUCUCUCUGAGUGAGAAGACCUGGAGUACGUGCCCCAUCUGUUAUGGCUCUAUUCACAAGAAGGACCUCAAGAGUGUUGUUGCUCUAGAAACCCGCCAGUAUGCGAUUGGUGAUCUAAUUACAAUGCAGCUAAUGCAGCGGGAGAAAGGGGUCUUGAUAGCACUGCCAAAGUCAAAGCUAACUCAUGUUGAGCAGCCUAUUCACCUGGGAGAUAAACAACACAGCCAGUAUUCAAAGCUGCUUCUGGCGUCUAAGGCUCAGGUACUCCAGCAAGUAAUCUUGGAGGAAAAGAUGGCCCUUCUGCAUCAGUACGAAGAGGAUCAGCAUACACCUGAAGCAUGUUUCGUUGAAGCAGCCCUUCAGGAACUGAAGGGUCGAGAAGGCAACUUGAUGUCUGGCAAUAAAGAAGACAGUGAUGUUGCUGAUGUCGCUGCAGCUGUGGAAAAAUUAGUCAUGACAGAAGCUUAUGAGAAAGGAACUGCAGCGGUAUCCCAGGAGAGAGAGUGCAUUCCAGAGUAUCUCUCUGCUUUCAAUGAUGAAAUGCUGGAAUCUGCCCCUGUGGAUCCUGCGAGUGGAGAGCCGCCUCCUUUGGGGAGCGUAGAGGCGGUGGUGGAUAACGCAGCAGAACGCAACGUGGGUCCGGCAGGUGCAGGGGAAGCCAUUCUGCGUAAAUCUGCCUCUGAAAAAUCGAAGGCUGCACUUGCCAGUGGACACACACAGAGUUCUCCUUCCUACUAUUUCUACCAAGCUGAAGACGGACAGUGUCUGUAUCUGCAUCCAGUGAAUGUCCGUUGCCUCGUGCGCGAGUACGGGAGCCUUGAGAAGAGUCCAGAGAAGAUCACAGCUGCUGUCGUGGAGAUAUCUGGCCACUCAAUGACGGAGGACGUGCGCCAGCGUCAUCGUUACCUGUGUCAUUUGCCCCUCACCUGUGAGUUCAGUAUCUGCGAAUUAGCUUUGAAGCCUCCUGUCAUUUCGAAGGAAACUCUGCAGAUGUUUUCAGGUGAGAUUGAAAAACGGAAGCGCCUCAGGCAGAAGAAAGCACGGGAUGAACGACGUCGGGAACGCAGGAUUGAGAUGGAAGAAAACAAGAAGCAAGGCAAAUAUCCAGAGGUCCAUUUCGCUUUAGAGAACCUGCAGCAGUUUCCGGCCUUCAGUGCCUGUUCAGGGGAACACGUUGGCCCUGAGAACCAGAGCGACGCGCUACUGGCUUGUGUUGGAGGAAGUCCCGCUCCCCAGACAGAGUCCUUGUUGACUCCACUGUCAUCUGCCAGCCUUGGCAGUCCCACGUUAUUUAUUGGAAGUCUGGAGGAAGACGCUGCCUUCCCUUCAUUUGCCCAGAUGCUGAGGGCUGGAAAAGCCAAACCAGAAGUAUGGAAUAGUUCUCAGCCAAAGAAGAAAGAAGAGAUGACCGCUGGGGCACCUCCAGCUCCAGGAGAUAGCGAUGGGGAGAGCGAUAACUCCGACCGUGUGCCCGUGCCUAGUUUCCAGAACUCGUUCAGCCAGGCUCUUGAGGCAGCCUUCCUCAAACUGGACAAACCGUCCACUUCUGACCACCUCUUAGAGGAGAAAAGAGGCAAGAAAAAAAAGCAGAAGCAAAAGCUGUUGUUCAGUACUUCGGUGGUUCAUACCAAGUGAUCCUACUAAUGAGCAAAUUCUUCCUCCUCUUGAUUUAUUUGGUUUGCUUUUGUGUUUUUGCUGCUAUAGAUAAAUUAUUUUAGUUUGAACACAAUCUGUUUCGGGGAAGCGGGAGGGUUAGGGAUCAAAAAAUGAGCAUAUGUUGUUUGCUUGCUGAUACCAAACUGAAGUAUUGCAUCACAUACCCUUAGCCAAAAGGACGUGGGCUAUGUCAGGCCGGCCCCUUUUACCCGACUUACAGUUGGACCGCAGAAGCACAGCACGACGGGUGGAGGGCGGGCCUGCUUUUGCCGUUCGGGGGGCAGGCAGUGUUGCAUACGACCAGCCUGGGGCUGCAGCGGGCGAAGAGCAGCCAGCCUUUUAUUGCCUGCUUGUUGCCCCCCUUUGGACAUAGGCAAGACACCAGCUGAUAGAGGGCGCACUGACUGCUGUGCCCGCUUAAUUAGAGCCUUGAUGAAGAAUAGGUCGUGGUGCAAGUAGCUCGGUUCCCGCUUCCAGUUGCUAUUCUUAACCUUUCCCCAAAGGGCAGUGUUUGCAGAAGUUUUGUUGGAAGAAACCUGCUGUAGUCAGUCCGCGUGCAGCGGCCGCUUUUGGAGUCAUGGUGCUAAUUCCUGGGGGGGGGGGAGGGAUAAGGAACAGUGUUUCCCUUCGCACGGAAGGAGCCCGGCGCCCGGCGUUUGCUUGGCGCCCAGAUUCCACUUGGUCAGGAUGAUGUGUGUCCUUUUCCCACCUUUGUUCCUUUUGUCCGAGAAAGUCUCUUGUUCUGCGCUGCUUUUGGCUUGAUCUGAAAUUAAUUAGUACUAAAGUGUCACUUCCAUUGACUACAAUGAAGUUCGGUGUGCUACAGCAGGAAAGGUAAAUAGUGGCAAUAAACCACAUGCACAACAA